UUCCCAGGACACCCAUAGGAAUAGAGCUGGCCCUGCGUGGUGUAAGUUAGGAACGAGUCGUUACGCAAUUUCCUUUUUGGCGUCGCAGAGGCCUAAGUAUAAGGAAGUGGUCCCGCCGUGGACUAACAGCUACCACAUCGACACGACAAGGGUGACUGGUAGUGAGGAUACGCCGCGUCUGGUCCGAGGUACAGUUUGAACGACACGACCGAGACAAAAACAGAGCUCUGGUCUAUUUCAACCCAAGCGUGAAGAGCAUCUGGUGUUGAAGUAGAAUAUUUUAUCAUGUGGAACAUAUGUUGGCUUGUGCCUAUCAGAAAAUUCCCAGCUGCUACCUUGAACUAGUGAACAACGGGGGGGGAAAUGAAAUGAGAUAGAGUGAGCGACCGGAGGAGCCCAGCCCCUAUCUCCACCUUUCCAGAAUGGCAGGUUUACAGCUGGUCACCCCUGCUACUUCACCCAUGGGGCCUUUCUUUGGUCUGCCAUGGCAGCAGGAGGCCAUCCAUGAUAACAUUUACACACCUAGGAAAUAUCAGGUAGAACUUCUUGAAGCAGCUCUUGAACAUAAUACUAUUGUCUGCUUGAACACUGGCUCAGGGAAGACCUUUAUCGCAGUACUCCUAGUAAAAGAGCUCUCCUACCAAAUUCGAGGAAAUUACCUAGGACAUGCAAAGAGGACUGUUUUUCUGGUAAACACAGCUUCAACUGCAGUGCAGCAAGCAGCUGCUAUUAGGACCCACUCUGACCUGGAGGUGGGAGAAUACACAGAUUUGGGGAAAGCAACAGAAUGGACUGACCAACACUGGGGUCAAGAGAUUAUUAACAAUCAGGUGCUGGUCAUGACCUGCCAUGUAUUCCUGUACAUUUUGAAGAAAAAAAUCUUGCUUUUGUCCAAAAUUAACCUGGUGGUGUUUGAUGAUUGUCACCUAGCCAUCACAAACCAUCCUUACUGUGAGAUAAUGAAGCUGUUUGAAGGCUGCUCGUGCUCUCCUCGAAUCCUGGGACUCACGGCGUCUAUUCUAAAUGGGAAAUGUGAUCCUUCGGAAUUGGAGCAGAAGAUCCUGAAUCUGGAGAGAAUUCUCAAAAGCAAUGCUGAAACUGCCACAGACCUUGUGGUUCUGGACAGGUAUGCCUCUCAGCCAAGAGAAGUCGUGCUGGAUUGUGGCGUCUACACAGACAAAAGUGGACUUUCUUCCCAACUGCAGCUGGAGCUGGACGAAGCUCUUCACUUUCUGAACGACUGCAACAUCUCUGUCACCAGAGAAGACAGAGAUCCUACGUUCAUCUCCAAGCAGAUCCUGAGUGACUGCCAGGCUGUGCUUCAAGUCCUGGGGCCCUGGUGUGCCGACAAGGCAGCAGGCAUUAUGGUCCGGGAGCUUCAGAAAUAUAUAAAACAUGAACAGGAGGAACUCGGUCGCAAGUUCCUGCUCUUCACAGACACAACUCUGCGCAAAGUGCAUGCUCUCUGUGAGGAGCACUUCUCUCCCGCCUCACUGGACCUCAAGUUUGUCACCCCGAAGGUUCUGCGGCUGUUGGAGAUCCUCCAUGAAUACAAGCCCUUUGAACGACAGCAGUUUGAGAGCGUCGAGUGGUACAACAACCGCAACCAGGACAAUUACGUGUCCUGGAGUGACUCGGAGGAUGAAGACGAAGAUGAAGAGGUGGAGUCCAAAGAUAGGCCUGAAGCCAACUUUCCCUCACCGUUCACCAAUAUUUUGUGUGGGAUCAUUUUCGUGGAGAGGCGUUACACGGCCGUUGUCCUCAAUCGUCUUAUUAAGGAAGCUGGGAAGCAGGAUCCAGAGUUGGCUUACAUCAGCAGCAACUUCAUCACUGGCCACAGCAUUGGCAAAAACCAGCCUCGGAACAAACAGAUGGAGGCGGAGUUUAGGAAACAAGAGGAGGUUCUACGCAAGUUUCGAGCCCAUGAAACCAACCUCCUUAUUGCCACCAGCAUUGUGGAGGAAGGUGUGGAUAUCCCAAAGUGUAACCUGGUCGUGCGGUUUGACCUGCCCACUGAGUACAGGUCCUAUGUCCAGUCCAAAGGCAGAGCUCGUGCACCAGUCUCCAACUACAUAAUGCUGGCCGACACGGAGAGGACCCAAGGCUUUAAAGAAGACCUCACAACGUAUAAGGCCAUAGAGAAGAUUCUAAGGAACAAAUGUUCAAAAUCACUGGAGGUGAGUGAGUUUGAGGUGGAACAGGUGAUGGACGAUGACAACAUUCUCCCACCCUACGUGCUUCGUUCUGAGGAUGGCAGCCCCCGGGUCACUAUCAACACAGCCAUUGGACACAUCAACAGAUACUGUGCUCGGCUGCCCAGCGACCCAUUCACCCACUUGGCACCCAAAUGUAGAACUAUGGAGAUGCUCGAUGGAUUCUUCCAGUCUACGCUCUACUUACCCAUCAACUCGCCCCUGCGGAUUCCUAUUAAGGGUCCCAAAAUGACCUGUGCCAGGCUCGCAGAGAAAGCUGUUGCUCUUUUGUGCUGCGAAAAACUCCACAAAAUAGGUGAGUUGGAUGAUCACCUGAUGCCGGUGGGAAAGGAGACUGUCAAAUAUGAGGAGGAGAUGGACCUCCACGAUGAGGAAGAGACAAGUGUCCCUGGCCGCCCUGGUUCUACCAAGAGGAGACAAUGCUAUGCUAAAGCUAUUCCUGAGUGUCUGCGGGACAGUUAUGCUGUUCUUGGCCAGACCUACUACCUUUAUGUGAUUGGGAUGGUUCUUACCACUCCACUACCAGAUGAACUCAACUUCCGCAGGAGGAAGCUCUACCCACCAGAGGACACCACCCGGUGCUUUGGCAUCCUGACUGCGAAACCCAUACCUCGUAUCCCUUAUUUCCCAGUGUACACUCGCUCGGGUGAGGUGACGAUCUCCAUUGAGCUGCAGAAGUCUGGCUUCACCCUCACUGAUACCCAGCUUGACCUCAUCACACGACUGCACCAAUACAUCUUUUCCCACAUUCUGCGCCUGGAGAAACCUGCAUUGGAGUUCAAGCCCACACUAGCUGACUCGGCUUACUAUGUUCUACCUCUGAAUGUUGUUGGGGACUCCAACACCCUUGAUAUGGACUUUAAGUUCAUGGAAAACAUUGAGAAGUCCGAGGCCCGAACUGGCAUUCCCACCACUCAUUACACAAAGCAGAACCCCUUCAGCUUCAAGUUAGAGGACUACCAGGAUGCUGUGAUCAUUCCAAGGUAUCGUAAUUUCGACCAGCCUCACCGCUUCUAUGUGGCGGAUGUGUACACAGAUCUGACGCCACUCAGCAAGUUUCCAUCACCAGAGUACGAGACGUUUGCAGAGUACUACAAAACCAAGUACAAUCUGGAUUUGUCCAACCUGAACCAGCCCCUCUUGGACGUAGACCACACCUCCUCGAGACUCAAUCUGUUGACCCCUCGUCACCUGAACCAGAAGGGCAAAGCUCUACCACUGAGCAGUGCAGAGAAGAGGAAGGCCAAGUGGGAAAGUCUGCAGAACAAACAGAUUCUUGUUCCAGAGCUGUGUGCCAUUCACCCCAUUCCUGCCUCCCUGUGGAGAAAGGCAGUGUGUCUUCCCAGCAUCCUCUACCGCCUCCACUGCCUCCUGACCGCUGAGGAGCUGAGGGCUAAGACGGCAACGGAAGCAGGAGUGGGAACUCAGUCCCUUCCAUCUGACUUCAGGUAUUCAAACCUGGACUUUGGCUGGAAGAGAUCGAUUGACAACAAAACGUUCAUCUCCUGCCAAGAGUUUUGUAACGAGGAUGAUGAGGGUCACUGUGAACAACAAGAGGCUACAGCCCAUGACUCCAGUAACCUCACGCAAUCAUGUAUUGACCACUCUCCUGUGCUUGAGCACGGACACCAUGUUGACCCUGAGCCUGAAGACCCUCACUGCACCAGGCAUUUUACUAACGGCACUACCCCUGUAGCACACUCUGACACCAGCAGUCAGAAAGACGAGCACCUUCAUCACCAAGACAAUUGCCAAUUUUCCCAGCCCAACGAGCCUGUGCCGCAGAGCUCCAAAUCAAUGCAAACCACUACCUCAGUUUCUGCACGGCCCUCGGACAUCUUGACGAAGCCCAGCCCCAGCCCCACACAGCCUAGUGACAAAUGUACACCUGAAAGCACCUCACUCAACACAAGUAAAGCUACCUCAGUCUGCAGCCAGGUUGCUAUGGGUCCCAGCACAGCCACAGCACCUUCAUCUGACCUACCCUCUGGCAACAAGUGCAGAGUCCUGGCAGAAAACACCUCCAAAAGUCUGGGACCCAACCCCGGCCUCAUUCUGCAGGCCUUGACUCUUUCGAAUGCAAGCGAUGGCUUCAAUUUGGAGCGGCUGGAGAUGCUUGGCGACUCCUUCCUUAAGCAUGCCAUAACGACAUACCUGUUCUGUACCUACCCUGAUGCCCAUGAGGGACGACUCAGCUACAUGCGCAGCAAAAAGGUGAGCAACUGUAACCUAUAUCGCCUUGGGAAGAAGAAAGGCCUUCCCAGCAGGAUGGUGGUGUCCAUUUUUGAUCCUCCGGUCAACUGGCUCCCUCCUGGUUAUGUGGUGAACCAGGACAAAGGUGGCUCUGACAAACAGGACUCGGCGGCCAAUGAAGAACUUCUGACCAAUGGGCAGUGUGGGACCACCUAUGCUGACGACGACGAUGAUGAUGAUGAUGAUGAGGAGGAGGCUGAGGAGAUGGAUGAAGACAGUGAGGUUAUGCUCAAGGCUGAGCCAAAGGAAGAAGUGAACAUUGAAGAUGAUUUGGAAUACUACAAAGAACACAUUAGGUUCAUUGAUAGCAUGUUGUUGGGAUCGGGUGCAUUUGCCAAGAAGAUCUCUCUAAAUGCUUUCCCUCCCUCCUCGACACCGGGCUCUGGUUCCUCACCUGCUAUGGAUUCUCCAUACGAUUGGAAGACCCCCAAAAAGCCUCACCAUCCCACCACAGGCCCCUACCCCUCAGACACAUCCUUCAGCGGACUGUCUUUAGAGGAGUUUGACUACAGCUCAUGGGAUGCCAUGUGCUACCUGGACCCCAGCAAAGCUGGAGAAGAGGAUGACUUUGUGGUGGGCUUUUGGAACCCGUCGGAGGAAAACUGUGGUGUUGAGCUGGGUAAGCAGUCAAUCUCGUACGACCUGCACACGGAGCAGUGCAUCGCUGAUAAAAGCAUCGCUGACUGUGUGGAAGCUCUGCUCGGAUGCUAUCUCACCAGCUGUGGAGAGAGGGCCGCACAGAUGUUCCUCUGCUCCCUUGGCCUCAAGGUGUUACCAUCGGAGAAGGGGGCUCUAACACAAAUGCUGAUGCGGAACUGUCAGAAUAUGGCUGUAGACCUGUGCUACGGCUGGUUAAAGAUUCCACCGCGUUGCAUGUUGAGCCAUCCAGAUGCCGAGCGAACCCUGAAUCACCUCAUCUCUGGCUUUGAGAACUUUGAAAGAAAGAUCAACUACACCUUUCAGAACAAGGCAUACCUCCUGCAAGCCUUCACCCACGCUUCCUACCAUUACAACACUAUCACUGAUUGUUACCAGCGUCUGGAGUUCCUUGGUGAUGCAAUUCUAGACUACCUCAUAACAAAGCACCUUUAUGAAGACCCAAGGCAGCACUCUCCCGGCGUGUUGACCGACCUGCGCUCUGCGCUCGUGAAUAACACCAUCUUUGCAUCUCUGGCUGUAAAGUAUGAUUACCACAAGUACUUCAAGGCCAUUUCGCCCGAGCUUUUCCGCGUCAUUGAUGACUUUGUGCAGUUUCAGCUGGAAAAGGAUGAGAUGCAAGGCAUGGAUUCAGAGCUAAGACGCUCUGAGGAAGACGAGGAGAAGGAGGAGGACAUCGAAGUCCCCAAAGCCAUGGGUGAUAUCUUUGAGUCAUUAGCUGGAGCCAUUUACAUGGACAGCAUGAUGUCACUGGAGACGGUGUGGCAAGUUUAUUUUCCGAUGAUGAGGCCUCUUAUUGAUAAAUUCUCUGCCAAUGUGCCGCGCUCUCCUGUGAGGGAGCUCCUUGAGAUGGAGCCAGAAACUGCCAAAUUCAGCCCUGCAGAAAGAACGUAUGAUGGAAAGGUGCGAGUGACAGUGGAGGUCGUUGGGAAAGGGAAGUUCAAAGGUGUUGGUCGCAGCUACCGGAUUGCCAAGUCGGCAGCGGCACGGCGAGCUCUGCGCAGCCUUAAAGCCAAUCAACCUCAGGUCCAAAACAAUUGAGCUUCUUCUACUUCAAACACUCAGCGUUAGCUCCUAGGCUACAGACGUCUAAACAGAGAGAAAGUGGCAGGUUUGGCUUCUCGGCAAAUGCUGCUGCAUGUCUUGUGUCUCCGGCCGGCAGUGGUUCAACUUGGGCAGCAGAAGAAUCAAAUUGAUCUCACAGUGAAUUACGUAUUGAAUCUUUUACCCUCUUUUUGCGCAUACACAAUCUUUGUUUCCCCAGUCUUUUUGUGUAAGUACAUGAGUGGUCUGUUAACAUUUAGCCCAGUGUUUGUCAAAAGGCCUGGUCACAGAAACCUAUUUCUUUUCACUUAUAAAAACAAAAAAAAAGAA